AAGACAAGAUUCCGAGCAUAAUUCAGACCCACUAAUGAUAAAACCGAGACUUAUUGAAAACAAACUAAUGUACUUAAGACUGGCAUAUCUUGGCCUAAACAUAACUAUUUGUCUAACACUUUGUUAUUCUUAAUGUUUAAAUUUUAAAAAAUGAUAAAUAUAACUCUUUAUUCGUAAGUCUAAUAUCCAAGCUUUCGCCUGCCUUUUUAACACAAACCACCCUUGUUGAGUGAAGCCCUCAAUUUCCGGCGAUAUGCCUCGUUGAUUCUAUUCAAAUCUUUGGCGAAAUUUGAAACCACCUAGUGAUGAUGUAAACAGGGAGACCGACUUAAUGUUUAAAUCUGAAAGAGUCAUGAGCGCUUUAGAAGUUGUUAACUGUAGUGGCUGUAAGUUCCCGAUUAAAAAGGAUGCUCAUACAGCGUUGGGGCUAAAAUGGCAUCGGAAUUGUUUUAGAUGUUCAGAAUGCCUCAGCACUAUUCCGCUUCAUUAUAUGCCGCGAGAUAAUGUCCUGUAUUGCAAGAAAGAUUAUAUCCUGAAGUUUGGUGAACAUUGUCAAAGAUGUACAAAACAAAUCACUGGACCAGUCAUGGUAGCUGGAGAGCAAAAGUAUCAUACUGAAUGCUUCGUAUGUACAAAGUGUUUGAAGUUUAUUGGCUAUGGAGAUGAAUAUAUGUUAGUUGAAAGACACAACUUAUAUUGCAAUGAUUGUUAUAAGAACUCGAUAUUACCAGCAAUAAGUACGCCAGUCAGUAAACUAGGACGCUGUCAUACCAUCCAGCAUAUCAACCUGGCACCAACACCUGUUGGAAGACGUAAAUUUUCCGUUCUUAUCGAGAAGGCGAGCAGCAUCAAUAAACUGUUACAUUCUGCGAAUGCGGACUUUUCUCGAGAUGGUGAAAGACGAAGCUUCAUUGCAAUCGAAAAUGUUGACGCAAGCAGUGAGUUAAAAGCGAGAGGAGUUCAAAGCGGAGAUAAAGUACUUGAAGUCAAUGACAUCAUGGUUACUGAUGCCACUGUCGACAAGCUCUCUCAUAUCAUUUCAAACCCUCAACGAGUGCAGACUCUUACCAUCGAACGAAACACCGGCAAUCCGCCUCCGCCGUUGGAGUUGAAACCAACCAAACCAGAAAGUAUAAAAUCAUUAUUACCUCGAUCACCACUGGCAAAACAAGCCUCUCUGGAUCUCAUUGCCAGUCCAAAUUAUGACCAAAAGUUCAAGAAACAAAGUAUGCCCUGGGAAGAAAACGGUUUUAAGGAAGAUGCGAAUUCCACGGAUAGAAAAACUCGCAAGAAACCAGAACGAGCGAAUUCUUUACCUCGAAGUAAUUCAGUAGACACCAAUAAUGUGAUGAAAUGUAACUCUCCUCUUCAUCGCUCACAGUCUAUGAAGAUGGAAGCAGGACAGGUAUUUCGUCUGUCAGAUCUUAUUGUUGGGGAGGUUAUUGGCAAAGGCUUCUUUGGCCAAGUCAGCAAGGUGAUUCAUCGUGGAACAGGAAAAGUCAUGGUCCUUAAGGAAUUGAUAAGAUGCGAUGUCACUGCUCAAAAACAGUUUAUUAAGGAGGUUACUUUGCUAAAAACUCUGGAUCAUCCAAAUGUCCUAAAGUUUAUUGGUAUUUUAUACAAGAACAAAGUACUGAGCUUUAUUGCAGAAUAUAUACCAGGAGGUACAUUGAGAGGAAUUUUGAAGGACCAGACACGUGACUUGUCCUGGUCUCAAAGAGUGAAAUUCGCUAAAGAUAUCGCGCUUGGGAUGGAUUAUCUUCAUAAAAUGAACGUCAUUCAUCGAGAUCUUAAAUCCAAAAAUUGUCUGGCCAGAAAAGACGAGGGUAUGACAAUUGUUGUGGCAGAUUUUGGUCUGGCGGGAAUUCUGAGCAUCAAUGAAGAGCAUUCAAAUGGUCAGGAUCGGAAUAACAACGGAAAUAAAGGUUUACAUUCAAAUCUUUUAUCAACACGUCCUCCGCCACCGAAGAAAAGAACAACUGUAGUUGGUUCACCUUACUGGAUGGCUCCUGAGAUGUUGAACGGAAACGCUUAUGAUGAACGUGUGGACGUCUUUUCAUUUGGAAUAAUCGUUUGUGAGAUUAUAAGUAGAGUAAAAGCAAGUCCAGAUUUUAUUCCUCGUACGAAAAAAUUUGGUUUGGACGAGCCUUCGUUUGAAGAGAAGUUUUGUGAGAGCUGUCCUAAACCAUUUUAUCAAAUUGCUUGUUUAUGUUGUGAUCUUGAUCCAACUUCAAGGCCAACUUUUUCUUCGCUCAGUCAUUGGCUCGAGGCUCUUUUAGUUCAUCUGGAGGUCGGUAUGCCUUUACCAAGUGACGUUUCAUAUUCACUGCUUCCAAGAAACCUGAAGUCUUCAGUCAUCACAGACGCGAAAGAGACUCAGCUAUCACGGUGAAAUAUUAUAUUAUUAUUUCAGUUAUUGUGUUAUGGGAAGAAAAGAAUACUUUAACUUUGUUAAAUACUGGUUCAUAACCAUAUCUGCCAUACAGUAGCGCCAGUAAAAACUGGGACAUUUUAAACUCCUUUAUAUGUGUUAAUGAAUAGUAUUCGGACGGUAAGAACAUCAGAUAUCCUUCAUAUAUAUUAAUUUAAAUUGUACAUAUAUUUGUAUAUAUCUAAGACUAAUUAGCUGGCCAAUUCAACCAGGCUAUUCUGAUGCAAGAGUUGAAUUGUGUAGGUUUUUAUUUUAACAUAGAAAAUCGUGGUAUGGUAGUGAUAUAAGACUGUUUAAAUACUAAUAAAAUUCUCUACCUGCCGGUCAGGGAGGAACGUAAAAUAUGUUUGCUUUGAAACGCAUUCAAAGGAAAGAUUGUCAACUAAUAAACAUUGCUUCACAUGCAGCCAUGUUUCCCAAAGAUUCAUGAACAGACCAUUGGUCCCUAUCAUGUUUCCCAGAAGUAGACAAACGAGAAAAUGUUGUUUUCAAGCCAUGUAUCUCGAAGGUUGAUUGAUAACCAGGCAUGAAACAUUGUUUCCUAGCCGUGUUUCCUAAGGAAACGUAUUUUAUUUGAAAAGAUGUAAGGAACCUUGUAUAUUUCGUGGUCGUUUUCCAGUUUUCCCGGGUAUUUUGAUCUCAAAAGUUGCUGCAGGUGGUACAUGUUGUGAUAAAUGACAACCCGUACGACAGGACGUCAUGCAUGCGAAAUGAUAUCUUCAGUAAUUUAUGAAAUACCUUUGCGUUUUAUUAAUGUUUUUGUGAUUUUUCCUUCAAAAAUGUAUGUAUUAGCGUCCUCGUUUGUUUGAGAAUGCCAGUAUUUGUACGAAUAUGUCAUAGAGAAGUGUUGGUAUUACGGAUGACUAAGGAUUUUCUGUACGUCAGGAUACAGGAUCACGGUGAAAGAACAUUACCUUGAAUCAAGAUGAGUGAAUCAAAAGCAAUUACGAAAAUUUUUUAUCUAUUUUUGUUUGUCUCAUUCUCCAGCGGGUUUGCCAUAAUAUGUUUUACAGAUUUACGAACAUCUCCAGCAGGAAAAAUCAUGCAGUUCAAAGCCAGAGUUUAUCCAUACAGAUGGCAGUUGCGAACGGGUCUACUUUUAUUGCUGUUACUUCUGACUGUCAUGGCAUUUGUUGCUGCAGUUAAAGAAAUACACAGACUAAAUAUCGUGCUAGUUGCUUUCGUAUUUAUUGUACUGAUUGUGGAAAUAUCUCUGGCAGGAAAAUGGUUAACUUGGCGUAAUGAACAAACUGAGAUUACGAAAGAACAAGGAGAUGGUAAUACAAUGUUACAACAGUAUGGUAUAAACCCGGAAACUACAAAGAUUAUGGAUUAUGUUCAAGCCUCGUACUCAUGCUGUGGUGUGACAGAUUAUCGUGAUUGGGCAAACACGAACUGGGCAGCGCAAGUUCAAAAAAUGAAUGCCGUCCCUACGUCGUGUUGCAAAAUGCCUGGACCAGGUUGUGGUGAUGAUCUAGACAUUAAAGAUCCAUUUGAAAACAUUUUUGUGCAAGGUUGUACAACACUUUUAUACUUCAGUAAAACUAGUGUUCAUGAUCAUGGAGGAGUUGGAAUGGCCGUUCUCUUCCUUCAUCUUUGUUCUGUGGUUGCUUGUGUUGUAUUAGCGUGUGCGUUUACCUGUACCAGCGGUCUUACUCCCCUCCAGGCUCUUGCCGGCGAGGAACCAGAAAAGAAACCUGUUGGUGGCGGAGGUAAAACAGGUAGCCCGAGCAGAAGCCCUAAAAAGCAGGCAAAGUCUGGAAAUAAGAAAAGAAGUGGGGACGAGUUAGAUUUCGAAGAAGAGAACAAAGCUCCAAAAGGAGCAAAAAAUUUAUUGAUCGAUAAAUCAGAACUUGAGAAUGACUUGGAAACAUUGGAUACAAGUGAACCAUAGAUGAUAUGUGGUGUCUUGCUUUGGGGAUAUCCGCUUCAAAUAUACGAUUGAGCGUACUGUUUUCCUUUGAGAAGUUUUUUUUAAUUAGGGCGGGUAACUUUAGUCUUUAAACAUCGUGUUUUCUCGUGUGCUGGAUGCAUUGACAAUAUCCGAGACAUCUCAAAUGUACGAUUUGCCUUCGACAGACGAGAAGUACGAUGUUUACGAUAAUAUAAAGUGGAGUGAAGUACUUCAUUUCAGUUUAUAGCACAUCAAUUUAUUACCAUCUGUACACUUGUAAAAUACUUUAUACACUCGUACAAACUAUAUUAUAGGCAGGGGUCGGUCUUUUAACGAGCUCCAGGCAUGAAAA